AAAUAGAAUCAUCGAAACCCCAUUGUUUAGUAACAAACUCCGACGAGAGCACACAAAAAUUCGAAACCGAAAAAGAUAUCCAAUUUGUUCUCCACAUUUAUUUAAGUUUUCUUUUUUCGGUUUGUUUCCCCAAAGUUAUAUAUCUUGAUUCCCAGCAAUCAGAAUGGUCGAGCUAAGGAAACCAGUUCGUAUGUUUAGGAUUAUCAAGGCCUUCCUUACCGCCCUCUACAAUGAUCGGUUCUGCUGGACCUUCAUCAAGAGCUACGGACUGUUCGCCUUGGCCAUUCCCAUUGCCAAGGCCUUCGAUGGCUACGAGCUCUUGCCCCGUGUGGCGCCACCUAGUUUCUAAUUCCAGUAUCCAGUGCUGUAUAAUUGCCUAAAGAUGAUCAUGUUUAUGGAUCACUUUUAUGUUUAGUUCUAUGCCAAAAUACCACUACUACUACUACUACUACUACUACUACUAUUACUACUACAAAAAAAAAGGUCGAAAAAUUUGGACAAAUAAUGGGGAAGACUACUCUUGGAGAAUUUGUGCGUAAAUUGGAUGUGCCUUCUCGUUGAAGUAAUUGUUCAAAUUGUAUCAAAUAUUGUAUCAAAUAACAACAGACUUCCCCUACCA